UACCAUGGAGGUUAGAACGCUGUGGCUGCUGCUACUGCCUGCUCUAUGGUCCUUGGGCUCGGCCGACGAGUAUGUGGACCUGUCGCCCAGCCAGUGCCAGGUCUCCGCUGAGGACAGGGUGGACUGUGGCUACUCCCAGAUCACCGAGGAGGAGUGCAACGACAGGGGCUGCUGCUUCGACUCCAGCAUCCGGGGCGUGCCCUGGUGCUUCAAGCCUCUGCAGAACGCAGAAUGCACGUUUUGAAGUGCUCCUGUUGUUGCGGCCCUGCCCCCCCCGCCUGGUGUGAGGCCCUGCACCCGUCUCCUGCCCUGUGCCAUUCCCCAACCCGCUUCUCUCUCACCCUGCUCCUACCCAACACCACCUCCAAAUGUAAAUGCUGGGGCCAGAUAUUUUAGAAAAUAAAGACCCGUGCUCUGCCUA